GGCGGUCGUGCGCUAAACGUUGUUAAACAACCGCCAUAAGGAAGAAGAAGCAGCGGUCGUAACUAAGGCGCGAAAUGUUUGGCACAGAAAUCGGAAAGACUGACCAGCAGCCAGUGUCUCCACACUGACCCUUCCUGAGCGGUGUGAUGGAGUUGGGUAAGGACAGAGUGGUCGCCCUGGUGGACAUGGACUGCUUUUAUGUGCAGGUGGAGCAGAGAAUGAAGCCCGAGCUGAGGAACAAACCCUGCGUCGUAGCUCAGUACAAGUCCUGGAGGGGAGGAGGUAUCAUAGCUGUCAGUUACGAAGCCAGAGCCCACGGUGUCACUAGAAAUAUGUGGGCAGAUGACGCUAAGAAACUGUGUCCAGAUCUUCAGGUGGCUCGAGUGAGAGAGUCUCAUGGAAAGGCUGAUCUUACCCAUUACAGGGAAGCCAGCGUGGAGGUGAUUGAGGUGAUGUCCCGCUUUGCGGUCAUUGAGAGAGCCAGUAUUGAUGAAGCCUACAUGGACCUCACUGCCAGUGUACAGGAAAGACUGAAGGACCUGAGGACUGAACGGAUCGAACCCCACCUUCUGAAGACCUCUUACGUCCAAGGCUUUCCUCUUAGCACCGCAGAGCUUUCACAAACUGGAGAUGUGUUCGUGGACAAAGAGAAAAAGAGGUCUCUGGGUCUGCAGCAGUGGCUGGACACGCUGCCCCCCUGUUCUCAGAUGGACUGUGCAGAGCUGUGGUUGGCUGUGGGGGCGCUGAUAGUGGAGGAAAUGCGGGCCGCUGUGGAGGAACACACUGGGUUCCGCUGCUCUGCAGGCAUUUCUCACAAUAAGGUAUUGGCCAAACUUGCAUGUGGCCUCAACAAGCCCAAUCGACAGACCAUCCUGCCUCUAGGAUCAGUAUCCGAGCUCUUCAGGACUCUGCCCAUCAGUAAAAUUCGUAACCUGGGAGGAAAGCUGGGGGUUUCCAUCACAGAGACUUUAGGGGUGGAGAACAUGGGAGAACUAACAGAGUUUACACGCUCACAGCUGGAGGAGAACUUUGGAGAAAAGACUGGGCAGUGGCUGUAUGACUUGUGCAGAGGGAUUGAGUUUGAGCCGGUGAAGCCCAGACAGCUCCCCAAAUCCAUCGGCUGCAGCAAGAAUUUUCCAGGAAAGACUGCUCUGGCUACAAAAACUCAGGUCCAGCACUGGCUCCACCAGCUCGCCCUGGAGCUGGAGGAGAGACUAAAUAAGGAUCGCGAUAUGAACAGUCGGGUGGCCAAGUUGCUGACCGUGGGUGUCCGUCAGGCUGGAGAUAAGAGGCCGUGCAGUUUCUCCCGCUGCUGUGCUCUGGCAAGAUAUGAAGUCUCUAAAAUCUCCGCUGACAGCUUUGCCAUCAUUAAGAGCCUCAAUAUUGCAGGCAGCCAUCAGGAGGCGUGGUCUCCAGCCCUCACCUGUCUCCAUCUGUCUGCCAGCAAGUUCAGCGAAACAUCAUCAGGAGGAAUUGCCAGUUUCCUCAGCAGUGAUGUGGCAGCAACACAGUGUCUCCAGGCCCCCACUCAGUCGCCAUCUAAAACAGAACCAGCAGCUAAGAAGCCAGGGGCCAUCCAGACCCUUUUCCAGAAAUCUGCUGAAAAGAAGAAGGCAGAGAGAACCUUGAAAAAGGAAGAACUUAAUGACCCUGCUUCAUCUUCCUGUGCUCCUCUUUUGGAGAACGGCUCCAGCCCUUCUGCUCAGAAAGCAGCAGGAGGGUCUAAUACUGCGAUUUCAUCUUUCUUCCAGAGGAAGAGUUUGGAGAAAAACACGGAGGUGGUGAACGGGAACCCACAUAGCAAAGAGUCUGACUGGGUGAAGGAAAGCACUGCUGGCUCAGACAGGGUUCUUCAGGGUUCUUCAGGAGGGUCGUACUCCUCAUCUACAGAAACUGUACCGGAUGAUACAAGCCGUCCUGAACGCUCCGGCUUUAAAGACACAAAAGAGGAUUUUCACACUUGUGAACGCUGCGGACAAGAAGUGUUGAUGUGGGAAAUGCCAGAACACACUGACUAUCACUUUGCUCUGGAUCUGCAGAACUCCUUCUCCUCCUCAUCGUCAACCUCUGCCUCCUCCAGCGACGCCCUCAGGGCUGGAACACCCCAGUCUUCACGUGGAAAGAGCAGGUCCAAAACCCAGGCUGGACCACAGGCAAAGAGAGUCAAAGCAGCGGAUGGCGUCUCCACUCUGGAUUCCUUCUUCAAAAAAGCUUAACCUUAAAGAAAAAAGAGCCACAGAGAGAGUUACUGCCAGAGCACUUUCUUAGGCAGUUUUACAUUGUCGUGUGUUUUGUUACUGUUUUGUUUAGACUGGGGAAAAUGGGGAAGGCAUGUGACCGACUAUUCCUUUGAAAGCACUGAAAAACUGCAAAUUUGCAAAAACAUGAGAAUAUUAAAGUGAAGCCUCUUAAAAACUUUUAAAACAUUUUAAAAA